AUGACACCCAGCAUUCAGACCGCCCAGCCGGCAGAAUCGGACGGGGCCUCGCCGCCCGUGUUGACACCCGUCGUGGCCACCUCAACCUCGCUGUUGAUCGACCUUUCUGAUUCUGACACCGACAAAGCCUUCACUACUCCUCCCAGUCAUUUCAUUCAACCUAUAAAGAUGGCUGACCGUUUCCCUUCUCUGGAGGACUUCUCUGAGGGCCAGACCGAAGUGGCCGAUGGCCAGCGCGCCUCCGGAGAUGACUUCCUUGCCCGUGAGCGUGCUGCUCUCGGUCAAGAUGCAGACCAAUUCGCGACCCCUCAAGACCACGUUGGCGAUGAUGAGAACAUCAACGCGGGGAACGACCUACUAGGCGGAGAUGACGGUGAGCCCGUGGAGGAGAUUGGUCAAUUCGAGUCGUCUUUCCCAUCAAUGGAGACUCAGGCACAGAACGAGUAUGCUGACCAGGGGUUACAUCUAUUCAGCGCGUUGCCCCUGGUGAAUGAUGAGGAUGAGGGUCCGUUUGUCCGUGAAUGGCGUGAGAAGCGUGACGCCGAGAUUGCCCGCCGUGAGGAGAUCGCCGCCGAGAAGAAGGCCGAGAGAAUCGCAAAGGCCAAAGAGGACAUUGAUGCUUUCUACCUUUCCUACAACAACAAGGCCGACAAGGGCCGCGCCCAGACCCGCACCGAAGCCGAGCAGUUCCUUGCCAGCCGAGAGGAUACCUCCGCCGGAGGCACAAGCUGGGAACGCAUUGCUAAGCUGGUUGAUGUUUCGGGCAAGGGCUCCGCAGGCGGUGCCAGCGGCUCCGGAAAAGAGCGAUUCCGCGAGUUGUUGAUCGAGCUCAAGAAGGACCAGGAAGCACCCGGAGCCAGUGGAAUCUAGAUGAGGCACUUUGAUGCUUGAGGGUCCGGGGAGCGGGAGUCUGGGGUUGAAGGAUGCGGUGACAAUGAACUUGGGCUGGCCGCUGCGUCUCUUGUUCUUUUCUUUCUUUUUUUACUCCGCGCAGCGAACCGUCCAGGGAGAUCGAUCUGUAAUUUAGUCUCAAAUCGAUAGCAUCGUUAAUACCAAGGGUUUUUUUUUCUCC